UCCUUCCCGUGUGGAACGACUCUGACAUAACCGCUGAACUCUGACCUGUGAUCGACCUCUGUUAGGAUAUACCCACUGCCACGUACAAGCCGUGUUGACCUGUCAGGAGUGAGGUCCUCUUUCAGCGCAGGAUGUUCUGGAAAUUGGCUUUUCCUGCCAUUCUGAUAUGGGCCCUCUGCAUAUCCAUAGAAACCAAGAAGCCCCGCCCUCGAGGCUCCAUACCCUCCCCUUACAAACUGCGAGGCAACGAGCUGUCCUCUUUGGCUUCCAGCGCGCUGUCAUCGUCACCACGGCGACAGGAUGGCACGCGUGAGCUGCUGUCAUCGAGCCGUGAGACACUGGUAGUGUCUGAGAGGAAGUACCUGAGGAGCGACUGGUGCCGGACACAGCCGCUGCAGCAGACGCUCAGUCUGGAGGGCUGCGUGAGCCGAACCGUUUUCAACCGCUUCUGCUACGGCCAGUGCAACUCCUUCUACAUCCCUCGCCAGCUCACGUCCCACCCUCAAACCCCGCCCCGUCAGGGCCGGAAGCCCACGUCAGGCCCAAAACACGAUGCGCCCUUCCAGUCAUGUGGCUUCUGCCGGCCUCACCGGAUUACCACAGUGAUAGUGAGGCUGCAUUGCCCCGGGUUGCGUCCACCUUACCGACACCGGAAGGUCCAGCGGAUCAAGCAGUGCAGGUGCGUGGCCGUCAGCGUGAGCGACUCCUACUAAGCCGUGUUCUGGGGGCGUGGGGUUGGUGCACAUCACGCAAUCUGACAUUACACAUCCAACCGGGAUGGUUCUAUGAGGAAUUCCCAUAUUCCGACCACGACGGAACUGUGCAGAGCACCAGAAGCUGGGCGUCACAUGGUGAAGGGACAUAAAGACUGGGACAGAGGUCACCACCCUGCUGAAGACCGGACUCCAGAUGACUGCUCACCCUCGGGGCGCGGUUGACCUUACAACUCUGAACCUUUUAAAAGUCUUUAUUAAAGCAGGUGAGCCGU